AGGACGACAUUUCUGCUUUUCAGAAUGAGUGUCUGUCUGAAAUUAUCUUCUACAUCAUGCUAAUGAUUUAGCUGCUCUAUGCUCAUCUGCAAGAGAAAAAUGAGGAUAUAGCAGUUCAGAAAAAAAACUAGACUUAUUUGCUUCAUUUGCUUGUAUUUUAAACUCUGUGAGCAGGAAUGAUUCACCAUGAAGACCAACAAUCAAUUAUUUUACUAUGAAAUUAUGUUUCUAAAAUUAUAAGAUUCCAAAUAUUUAUUCCUGGUAACAGCAGGACAAAGGCUUUGAUGCUCAAACUGUUUUCUUUUUUACAGACAACAAAUACACAGAAAAUGUAUCACUGCACAAACAAGCUCUCUCAAAGAUGAUAUCCUUUGAUAGAAUGUACAGGGGCUCACAGUUCUUCAUUUCAUGCUUUAACUUUUGAAGUUACCAAAAAUACCUGUGACUCACAUGUAUGACAGGAAACCAAGCAAGAUAAAGAAUUUUAAAAAAUCCGCUUUGGCUGCACCUGCAGUUCAUUUAAGAACAAUGAGACAUCGACAGUAAACAGUGACGGAUUUUGAUGCCUUACUGUCAGAAGCCCGUCUUCUGUUGGUCUUGCUGUGGUUCAUCAAUGUCCCUCUGUGUCUUUGAUGUAUGCUGGAAUUAGAUAUCUGACUCAUACAUCUGCCAUCCCAGCACUGCUGAGUGCUGGUUUUGAAUGUGGCCAUAACUGUGUCUGUGUGCAGUUUGCAGGCUUCCUCUGUUCACAUGGCAUUUCUCCACCUUCCAGUGCCCUGCAAUGGACUGACGUGCUGUUGAAGAAACGACAGAGACAGUGAAGGUACAGAGGAUGAGGAAGUGAGUGUCAGUCUCCACAGAUCUGGGCUCAGUGACACACACACGUAUGGAUCCUCUGAUGCUCCUGUUUCUUCUCAUUGCUGGGCUCACAGGUGCUGACAGUGUGUCCACAGUUGGAUGGGUGACUGUACAGAGAGGAGGAUCUGUCACCAUCCCAUGUUUCUAUGAUGACAGAUAUAAGGCACAUGUGAAAUCCUGGUGUAAAGGGAGUUAUUGGAAGUCAUGUACUCCCAUAGUACACACUGACUCUCGACAGGAGGGUAACGUGUCAAUCAGAGAUGAUCCUGACCAGCGAGUCUUCACUGUGACCAUGAACAAUCUGACAGCUGGGGACUCUGGUUGGUACUCAUGCUUUGUAAAUAUUAGUGGAGCUUCAGAUGUUGGAGAUCGGGUUUACCUGUCAGUCACUGAAGGAGGGUAAAGUGUCAGUCAGAGAUGAUCCUGACCAGCGAGUCUUCACUGUGACCAUCAACAAUCUCACAGCUGAGGACUCCGAUCGGUACUGGUGUGGUGUGAAGCAUAGUGGAGCCUCAGAUGUUGGAGAUCGGGUUAACCUGUCAGUCAUUGAUGGUCCUCCAGGGCUGUCUGUGGACAAACAGGAGGUGACGGGUGUGGAUGGAGACAGUGUCAGUGUUCAGUGUUACUAUGGAAACAACAGAAGACAUAGGAUGUGGUGUAAGAUUGGGGGCUCCUGUGCAUCAGAGAGAUCAGUGAGUUUGGAUGGGAGGCCUGUCCUGAUCAGGGAUGACACAGUAAAUAAAGUCCUCAGUGUGACAAUGAGUGGGCUGGAGAGGAAGGACACUGGCUGGUAUUGGUGUGCUGCUGGAAUCCUGCAGAUCCCAGUUCAUAUUACUGUUAAACGUCCCGGUUCCCGUGUCCCGUCUGUCGCCUCCUCCCUGGCACGCCCGGUGAAGCGCGCCUUUGGAGGGGGGGUUCUGUCAUGACCUGCUCGUCGGCUCCUCAUGUGUGCCACGCCCCCUGCUUACCCACGUGUUCUUUCCCGAUUGUACCCAGCUGCCUGCCUGCACCACCCCGAUCGUGACAGAUACUUUACCCAACACCCGAGGCCUGCAGCGGGGCGUCCGGGCCUAUGCCAGAGCCCCAGACUUGUGGUGCUAGAGA